UUUUUCCAUGUUAGAUAUAAAAAUGAUAAAUACAAAGCAUACAUUCCAAUGCACAUUUUAUUAACAAAAAUCCAAUAUUCCACUUCAGAGAUAGGAAAGCAAAUCAGAACAACUGCCAUUAGGAGAAAAUAAAGAUAUUAAUGGUGGAAAAAAAAAAAAAAAAACACUCAAUGAAGAAUCAUUGAAUUCCCACCAAGAAAGAUAUGAUAAAUUUCACCAACCCAACAAGAUUUUUUUUGUAUUAAAUCCAUUAUCUCAUUUAUGAAACCCCCCAAGUCCUCUGACCCAUCCAUGCUGGAUUCUUUACCUUCCCAAUAUUACCCUCUUCUCUAUGCAUGUUCUCUUCCUCUCUCUCACUUUUCUCUCACUUUUCUGGGCUUCAAAGGAGGAGAGAAAGGCAAAUUCUCCUUGGCUUUUUAAUAUAAAAUAAAUUAACGCUUUUCAAGAUUUGCUGCAAAAAAUAGAGCUUUCUCCUGUUCUGCACAAAGACGAAAAGUGCUUCCAACCUUUGGCUUGUUUCUUUCUGUUGGCUUUCAAGGACCGGUUGAACCACACAAGUUUUUUUGGGGUUUUCCAGAGCAACACAAGGACCAUAUACCGCCGGCAAAAUUUUGUCUUCUUUGGAGAGUUUAGAUCAAAGGUCAUAUUUUUUUCUGAAACUCAAAACCAUUUUUACACUGCUUUGGCUAUGGUGGUGGUGUUGAGUUUCAUGGAGCUGGAGGGAGAGAAGUAUUUUCUGAGAGAGAGGCUUUUGUGAUAGGCUUUGGUGUUGUUACAAGGUUCUGUGAAUAAAAACAUUAUCCCACUCAUUUCUCAGUUUGCAGACUGUUUUCCACGAUGGGUUUUGGUCUUUUUGUUUCCAUGUUGGUUCUGUCAUUCUUCUUAAAGCCUCUGUCUUUUCAACAACAAAACACAGAUGGGUAUUUUGUCUCUGAGUUCUUCAAGAAGAUGGGUUUACCUCCUUCUUCGCAAAUUUACAACUCUUCCGUUCACUUUUGUUCAUGGCGUGGAGUCUUCUGUGAUGCCAGUAAAGAACAGGUCAUUGAGCUUGGGGCGUCUGGUUUGGGCCUCUCUGGAACUAUUCCUGAUACCACAAUUGGAAAGCUCACUAAGCUUCAGAUUCUGGACCUUAGCAACAAUAGAAUCACAGGCUUGCCUUCAGAUUUAUGGAGUUUAGGCUCACUCAAAAUCCUUAAUCUCUCCCUUAACCAGAUUUCUGGGUCGUUACCAAACAACAUUGGCAAUUUUGGUCUUUUGCAAAGCAUCGAUCUUUCUAGCAAUAAUUUGUCUGGUGAAAUUCCUGAAUCUAUAACCUCCCUUGUGAGUCUGCAGGAACUUAGACUGGACCGGAAUAGGUUCGAACAGAGCAUUCCCAUAGGCAUUUUGGGCUGUGAAUCUCUGGUUCAUAUUGAUCUUUCAUCAAAUCGGCUAAAUGGGUCUCUUCCAGAUGGUUUUUUUGCUGCAUUUCCAAAGCUCAAAACUUUAAAUCUUGCAGGAAAUGAGAUUUAUGGCAGGGGGUCUGAUUUCUUGGAGCUGAAAUCGAUCACUACUCUUAACAUUUCUGGGAAUCUGUUUCAGGAUUCAGUGAUAGAAAUAUUUAAGGAGCCGUUGGAGGUGAUCGACCUGAGCAGGAACCAGUUUCAAGGUCACAUUUCUCAGGUACAACUCAAUACUAGCUAUAAUUGGUCACAUUUGGUUUAUCUAGACCUAUCUGAGAAUCAGCUCAAUGGUGAACUUUUUCAUAAUUUAAAUCAAGCUCGGAAUCUUAAACACCUUAAUUUAGCAUUCAAUCGAUUUACAAGGCAGGAAUUCCCACAGAUUGAAAUGCUCUCCAGUUUAGAAUACCUUAAUUUGUCUAAAACUAGUCUCAUCGGUCAAGUUCCUGCCGCAGUAUCACGGUUGAGUAACUUGCAUACGCUAGAUAUUUCUGAUAACCAUCUUAUUGGCCAAAUUCCAUUAUUGAGUGUAAAGAAUCUCCAAGUUCUUGAUGUUUCAAUCAAUAACAUGAGUGGAGAUAUCCCAGUUUCACUCUUAGAAAAACUGCCUUGGAUGGAAAGGUUCAACUUUUCCUACAAUAAUUUGACCCUUUGUGCUUCUGAAAUUACCCCUGAAACCCUCCAAUCAUCUUUCUAUGGGUCAUUAAACAGCUGCCCCAUUGCUGCAAAUCCGAGCCUUUUCAAGAGACGAUCCACCAGGCACAACAAGGGUCUAAAUCUUGCUUUGGUUUUGACCCUCUCAAUGGUAUGCUUGCUUGCUGCUUUGCUUUUUCUAGCAUUUGGUUGCAGAAGGAAAACCAGUAUGUGGGCAGUAAAACAGACUGCUUGGAAAGAAGAACAAAACAUUUCUGGCCCGUUCUCAUUCCAGACUGAUUCGACCACUUGGGUUGCCGAUGUUAAGCAAGCAACAUCAGUCCAAGUGGUAAUUUUUGAGAAGCCACUGUUGAAUAUAACAUUUGCAGACCUCUUAUCUGCAACUUCAAAUUUCGACCGAGGCACCCUUUUGGCUGAAGGUAAAUUUGGGCCUGUUUAUAGAGGAUUCCUACCGGGCGGGAUUCAUGUAGCAGUAAAAGUUCUUGUCCAUGGUUCUACGUUGACAGACCAGGAAGCUGCAAGAGAGCUUGAAUAUCUUGGUCGAAUCAAACACCCAAAUCUUGUACCACUGACUGGAUAUUGCUUAGCUGGGGAUCAAAGGAUUGCUAUCUAUGAUUACAUGGAGAAUGGGAACUUGCAGAAUUUGCUCCAUGACUUGCCACUUGGAGUUCAGACAACAGAUGACUGGAGCACUGAUACAUGGGAAGAAGAUGACAACAAUGGGAUUCAAAAUGUUGGUUCUGGAGGGUUGUUAACAACAUGGAGAUUCCGUCAUAAGAUUGCACUUGGCACUGCACGAGCAUUGGCUUUUCUCCACCAUGGUUGCUCACCUCCAAUUAUUCACAUAGACAUUAAAGCUAGCAGUGUUUAUUUGGAUUACAAUUUGGAGCCAAGAUUAUCUGAUUUUGGAUUGGCUAAGAUCUUUGGAAAUGAUUUGGAUGAGAUCUCUCAUGGUUCACCUGGGUAUGUGCCUCCAGAGUUUUUUAAGCUUGAAAAUGAAUCCCCAACACCAAAAUCUGAUGUAUAUUGCUUUGGCAUUGUUCUGUUUGAGCUAAUUACUGGGAAAAAACCAAUUGGUGAUGAUUAUCCUGAGGAAAAAGAAUCCACUUUGGUUAGUUGGGUUAGAGAAUUGGUGAGGAAGAACAAAGGGUCAGUAGCUAUUGAUCCGAAAAUUCGUGAAACAGGUCCAGAAGAGCAAAUGGUGGAGGCCCUCAAGAUUGGCUAUCUGUGCACAGCUGAUCUUCCUUCAAAGAGACCUAGCAUGCAGCAAAUAGUUGGACUUCUUAAAGAUAUGGAACCAUCUGGUAAUCAGUAAGGAACAAAGUGGGGAAGAAAAAAAAAAAAAAAAAAAAGAGGAAAAAGAAUGGAAGUUUUCUUCUUUAUCUUCUUUUCUUUAUUUGUUAUUUUUCUGUGCUUCCAUGGGGAUAAUGUACAGUAGUCCUUGAUAUUCUGUUUGAUCUUUGGAAUGUCCAUCUUUUUGUCGCCAUUCUUGAUGGCAUCGACGUUUAAUUUAUAUACCUCUGAGUUUGAUCCCUGAAA